UGGGCUUCCUUCAUUUUAUACCUUCAAUUCAUCCCCUCCAACUUUUUUUCACAAUUGUAUCAACACUUCUUAAUUCUUUUUUAACAAGAAUUAGAUAUUAUACCAUGGUUACAAUCCUGUUAAUCCAUUAUUGAAUUAGGGAAGGCAUUAGAUUGCUUUUGUUUUGAGUUUUCCUUUUUCUCAAUCCUUUUUAAGUUUGUGUUUCUUUCUCUUGUGUCUUUUAUAUGAUCUUUCGAGGCUAUUCGGGUUGAUGUGCUUGAGUGAAAAACAAAAAAAACUAGUCGAUUAAAAGGAGGAAAGAGGACAAACAAAAUGGACAAAAACGAGGAAGCCUCGGGAGAGAAAUCACCCGAGAAAAAGGAGGAGAAGGAGACUAAAGGUAAGGAUCAUGAGGACGACGAUGAUGAUGAUCAUGAAGAUGACAGAAAGAUUGAAGUGGGUCCUCAAUACUCGCUCAAAGAACAACUUGAGAAGGAUAAGGAUGACGAAAGCUUGAGGAGAUGGAAAGAGCAACUUCUCGGUGCUGUGGAUAUUGAGGCUGUUGGAGAAACUUUGGAUCCCGAAGUGAAAAUCUUAAGUCUAGCUAUCAAAUCUCCUGAUAGGGAGGACAUUGUGCUUUCGAUCCCAGAAGAUGGAGAUCCCAAAGGUUGUUGGUUCACCUUAAAAGAAGGUUGCCGAUACAGUUUACUCUUCACCUUUGAAGUCAAGAAUAACAUAGUGUGUGGCCUGCGAUAUACCAACACAGUUUGGAAAACUGGAGUCAAAGUUGAUAGUACAAAAGAGAUGCUUGGAACUUUUAGUCCACAAGCAGAGACUUACACACACGAGAUGCCUGAGGAGACAACCCCUUCUGGCAUGUUUGCUAGAGGAUCAUACUCAGCUAGAAGUAAGUUUGUGGAUGAUGAUAACAAAUGUUACUUGGAGAUCAAUUACACAUUUGAUAUUCGUAAAGAAUGGCUGCCAACCUAAGCCCAACAGAGAGACCGGUCUAAUGACAUACAUCAAUGUCAUGACAAUUUUUGAGGCUUCAAAGAUUAUAUUUUUGUCUGUGUUCUGUUUAUGUUAUAUUUACGGUUAGAAUUGUACGAGAGUUUUAUUUGUUUUGUCUUUCCUAUCGGAAUUAUAUGAUCACUUUUAUUAUAUUUUUCGGUUAAAAGGUUGUACGAAAUUAUUUACUAAAACAAUGGACAAGA